AUGGGUGAAACUGGAAAUACCAGCAGCUUCAACAAUUCCUACACCAACUUCUUCCUGGUAGGCUUCCCUGGGUUGAAAGAGUGGCGACCUCUCCUGGUGCUGCCUCUCACCUUCCUCUACAUUUCCAUCAUCUCUGCCAAUGGCCUGAUCAUCCAUACAGUGGUUCUCCAGCGGAGCCUUCAUCAGCCGAUGUACGUGCUCAUUGCUCUGCUCCUGGCCGUCAAUAUCUGUGCUGCCACAGCCAUUAUGCCCAAAAUGCUGGAAGGCUUUGUACAUUAUGCUAACCCCAUAUCACUGCAAGGCUGCCUGACUCAAAUGUUCUUUAUCUACUUCACUCUCCUUUUAGACUACAACCUCCUAUUGGCCAUGGCCCUAGACCGCUAUGUGGCCAUUUGUCACCCACUCCGUUAUACAGACCUGAUGACCUCCCGUUUGUUGGGCAUCCUGGCCACUCUUGCCCUGGCCAGGAGCCUGGGAGUGGCGGUGCCCCUUGUGGUGCUGACUUCACGAGCUCAGUUCUGCCGCACAACUAUCAUUCGACACUUCACUUGUGAGUACAUUGCACUGCUGAGCAUAGCUUGUGGAGACUUGACCUUUAACAACAGGUUAGGGUUGGCCAUGCGGUUGAUCACUGUGACUUUUGAUCUAACCCUGUUAGGAAGCUCCUAUACCCGCAUCAUCUAUGCUGCUUUUCAGAUUUCUUCUGGGGGAGCCCGAGCCAAAGCCUUGAAUACAUGUGGCUCUCACUUACUGGUCAUCCUCACCAUUUACCUCUCUGGUCUCUCCACUUCCAUCGUCUUCCGAGUGGCCAAAUCUGUGUCACAGGAUGUUCAGAACUUGCUCAGUGCUAUCUAUUUGCUACUCCCGGGAGCUUUGAAUCCUGUCAUUUACGGAGUAAGGACCAGGGAAAUCAGGCAACAUGUAGAAAAGUUGCUGUGUCGCAAGGAACCUGCCCAGGAGGUGGAGAAAUCAAAAAGGCUCCAGAAUGUGAGAGUGGAAGGGAAACUGCCAGGCUGA